UUCUCCUUUAACCCUCUAAUGUUUCACCGGUUCUGUUCCUCUCUCUCUCGCUCCUCCACCAUCUUCCCCAAAUCCAUAAAGUCUCCUCCUUUCCCUUUCCCUCGCUCCCUCCGUCGAUCUCCUCUUACUCUCUCCUUCUCCUCCUUCAAAAUGUCCGACACCAAUCCAUCACCAAUCCCAUCUCCGACCAAACAAGAAACCCUCCGCUCUCUCGAAUCCCACCUCGCCUCCCCCUUCACCUCCUCCCCCAUCAUCCCCCCUCCCAACCAACUCAUCAUCGUCAUCUCCGGCCCCAGCGGCGUCGGCAAAGACGCUGUCAUCACCAAGCUCCGAGAAUCCCGCCAACGUCUCCACUUCGUCGUCACCGCAACUACCCGCCCGAUGCGCCCCGGAGAAGUCGACGGCAAAGACUACUUCUUCGUCACCAGAGACAACUUCCUCUCCAUGGUCGAGAACGACGAGCUCUUAGAGUACGCCUUGGUCUACGGAGAGUACAAAGGCAUCCCCAAGAAGCAGAUCCGCGAGUCCAUGUCCAAAGGGGAGGACAUCGUCCUCAGAGUCGACAUCCAGGGAGCGCAGACGCUGCGGAGGAUACUCGGUAGCUCCGCGGUGUUUGUGUUCUUGGUUGCGGAGAGCGAGGUCGCGAUGGUGGAGAGGUUGGUCGAUAGGAAGACGGAGAGCCAGGAGGAGUUGCUUGUGAGAGUGGCGACGGCGAGGGAAGAGGUUAGGCAUUUGAAGAGCUUUGAUUACGUUGUGGUUAAUGCCAAAGGGAGGCUUGAUGACGCGGUGAGCCGCGUGGAAGCUAUUAUUGAUGCGGAGAAGUCUAGAGUUCACCAGAGGGUUGUCAGGAUUUGACUGAUAUCCAUUGCUCUGUGGCGUAUUGCUCGCUGACUUCAGAUAUGAUUUCAUCACAGAACAAAAAGUUUUUUUUCAUUCUGGUGAUACUACCUCCACUGAGUUUACAAGGAUUGUUUUUUUUUUUGGUUUUGUUUGUUGAUUAAUCUAUCAUAUCUUUACAUUUUACAUGGAUAGAUUAUGUUAUCAUCAUUCUCACAAUUUGGUUACAUCCUGUUACUUAAA